CACACUCCAAUUAAAUUUGGCCAAUCGAUUGUAUAUCUUUUUUGCUGAUGAAAUAUUUCUCAAAAAUGAAAAAAAAGUGUUGUCAAAAAAUAGGUGUUAGACAAUACAAGAAAUCAUCAAUACCUAGACUUAGAUGGACACCACAACUUCAUGAACUCUUCAUUGAAGCUGUUCAACUUCUUGGAGGAGGACAUAAAGCAACUCCAAAGAGAAUUCAACAGAUGAUGGCAGUAAAGGGAUUGAAGAUUUCUCAUGUUAAAAGCCAUCUCCAGAUGUACAGAAACUUGAAGGAGAGAGGCAACCUCAAUAUUGUUAAGUCUGUGAACAACUUCCAUGAAGAGACACCACAAUUUUCAUGGUCUUCUCCAUAUGAGUAAGUCUGUAAAUAUAUAAUCUUGAUCAGAA